GAUCUUACAAUCUCAAGACAUGUAUUUCCUUGGACUGUUGUCUUUGCUUUUUUUGCAAAGCAAAGCCUUCAAGACAAAUUUGCCUGAUGAAACCAUUGCUGAGCUUUCUGUGAACAUUUACAAUCAGCUGCGAGCUGCAAGAGAAGAUGAGAAUAUUCUUUUCUCUCCUCUGAGCAUCGCAAUAGCCAUGGGAAUGGUAGAGCUUGGAGCCCACGGAACCACUUUGAAAGAAAUUCGGCAUUCACUGAAUCUGUUUUUUCUUUCCUCAGGUGAAGAGUUUACCUUCUUGAAGGACCUUUCUGAUAUGGCAACAACUGAAGAAAGCCAUUAUGUUCUUAAUAUUGCCAACUCUCUCUAUGUGCAGAAUGGAUUUCAUAUCAGUGACAAAUUUCUGCAGUUGGUGAAAAAAUACUUUAAAGCUGAAGUUGAGAACAUAGACUUCAGCCAAAGUGCAGCUGCAGCUACCCACAUCAAUAAGUGGGUGGAGAAUCAUACAAAUAAUAUGAUCAAAGAUUUUGUGUCUUCAAGAGAUUUUGGUGCUCUAACUCAUCUGGCUCUCAUCAACGCAAUCUACUUUAAAGGCAAUUGGAAAUCACAGUUCAGACCUGAAAAUACAAGAACUUUUUCUUUCACUAAAGAUGAUGAAAGUGAAGUGCAGAUUCCGAUGAUGUACCAGCAGGGAGAGUUUUACUAUGGAGAGUUCAGUGAUGGCUCCAAUGAAGCAGGUGGUAUCUAUCAAGUUCUGGAAAUACCAUAUGAGGGAGACGAGAUCAGUAUGAUGAUUGUUCUGUCCAGACAGGAAGUUCCACUGGUCACACUGGAACCGCUGGUCAAAGCCUCGUUGAUUAAUGAAUGGGCCAAUUCUGUAAAGAAGCAGAAAGUGGAAGUUUAUUUACCAAGGUUCACAGUGGAACAGGAAAUUGAUCUGAAGGAUGUUUGGAGAGGUCUUGGAAUUACAGAGCUGUUCAGCAGUAGUGCUGACCUCACUGCGAUGUCUGAUAACAAAGAACUUUACCUUGCAAAGGCAUUUCACAAGGCAUUUCUAGAAGUUAAUGAGGAAGGAUCAGAAGCUGCUGCUGCCUCAGGAAUGAUUGCCAUUAGCAGAAUGGCAGUGCUGUAUCCCCAAGUUAUAGUUGAUCAUCCCUUUUUCUUUUUGGUCAGAAACAGAAGAACAGGUACUGUGUUAUUCAUGGGAAGGGUAAUGCACCCUGAAGCGAUGAAUACAAGUGGCCAUGACUUUGAAGAGCUUUAACUGCCACCAGCUACCAAAAAGAGGAGAUAAGCACAUAAAGUUUGAAGUUAAUAUAUUUAAAGUUUGCUGUGUUUUCCCCCAAGAUACUGUUUAAAAUGCUUUCAGAUCUAACUGUGUGCAAGUUAAGUUCCUAGAGAAAAGCUUACAGUGUUCAAGUAAUGGUUUGGUUGUUGUCAAUGUGAUUGCUGUGUCCUUAAAAUAAAAUGGUGUACAUGUCAACAA